AUAAACAUAACUUUACAUUCACAAAAACAUUUUGAAUUUAUGCGUAAAGCUAAAGCUUAGCAGCUGAAACUCUUGAUUUCAUUGCACCAUAUGUAAAGGUACAAUUCCGGCACUAUUAAACUAUAAAGAAUACCCCAAGUCGAUUUGCACUUCGAGAGAUGCUGUUGUAUGUCAUGGCAUUCCUGACGAUAAACUAUUAGAGAUGGGGACAUUUUAAAUAUCGACGUUACGGUGACUUUAAAUGGUUGGUAUGGUGAUACAAGCCGAAUGUUCUGAGCUGGCAAACCAUCAAUAAAGCGAAACGCUUAUGUGAUACUACUUAUGUUGCAUCUGGUAAUAAAUUGGCCGAGAUAGGACUGCUGUAGGGAAGUAUAUUAGAGAUUUUGGCUAUUCUCUAGUACAUAGCAGCUAUUGGGGACAGAAUGGUGUAGUACAGGAAAAGCCUAAUGUAUUAAAGGAGGGAUGUUUUCUACAACAGAAGCACUGGUCAACACUGGAAAACAUGAAACUCUGUUAGUAGACUUGAUAGUUGGAUAGAGAGAUCUUUCACUCUCUCCACAAUGUUAGCAUAGC